AUGGUGUUCGAUCCCUUGGGCUCAGUACGUUAUGGAGAUCUUCAGGACACGCCCAAUCAAGUGAGACACCACAAGAAAGUCACCGGCCUUUGGUCGAGGAGGUUCCGUUGGGCCUUUUGCUGGUUGAAAAGGGAUGAACAUGGGAAAGAGGCUUUUCAGCAAGUAGCAGUCGCAGGCUGUGUCCUCCUUAGAGUGAGACAAAAAAGGGAGACAAGAGAGAUGAGACGCAUCCAAAUGUUAAACGACGAAGAACCUAUAUACACUACAGAUGUAAACAAAGUAUUUUCGGAAACGCCACCUUGGAUGAAUCUAGACGAUGCGUUACACUAUCUGAGACUUUCGAUAGCAGCGUACGGGUGGCCUUACUUGCCAUUCUGCGUGAUCGCGGAUCAUGACCGCGAGAGCAUCGUGGUCGCAGUGCGCGGCUCCAUAUCUCUACGUGAUAUCUUUACCGACUUCACCGCAGGCUCCGAAAAAUUUGAAGCCGAUGGUUUGCCAGAAGACACCGCGGCCCACAAGGGACAUAGUCUGGGUGCAGGUGUAGCUGUAUUAGUUGCACUAAAAUUGAGACCAAGAUAUCCACACCUUAAAGUUUUUGCCUUUUCAACGCCAGCGGGUCUUAUAAGCCGAGAAGCAGCUCGUUACACUGAGAGCUUCGUGCUAACAGUGGGUGUUGGGGACGACCUCGUGAUGAGACUAAGCGUGCAUAGUAUAGAAAAUCUGCGUACCAAAGUAAUCCAGACUAUACACGCAACAAAAUUACCAAAGGUGAGAAAUUUACUUUGA